AUGAGCCUCGUCAUUGGGAUCGCUUACGAGCCACGUGCAAGGACCCUACCCAAGAAAGCGCAAAGUUCCCACAGCACUCGACUUGAUAGUAGUCGCUUUCACUUCGCGUUGCCACGCUAUGACCUAUUCCCCGCGAACCUUUCGCUAACUGGAUAUCGGGGGAAGGCUCAGAUACGUGUGAUAGAUGUCGUAAUAGCCUUAACCUGGCAAGCUUCAUUUGCCCCUCAACCGAAUUCGACUAAUAUUUGCUUACGGCUUUCAGACCAUAUCAAUCGGCUGCAGCACUUCGUUACUGAGACUCCAUCCAACCAGGAAUACUUAGCCUCGGCGCUAAUUAGUCCGGAUUCGAAACUCGCUUAUAAAACUAAACUUACGAAUACCCACUUGGGAUGGAAUACUGAAAAAUGGAUAGAUAAGUGUAUUGGGAAUGCUGAACAUCAAAAAGCAAAAAUUCCAAAAAAACUGUUCAACCGUUACACCCUUUCGGUGCCUAGCUUCCAUACCACCCGAAGGAAGUAUGAGGGCUGGAAAACUGCCAGACUACCCAAGCCCAGACAGGAGAAGUCAAGAUGCAGAGGUGGGUUCGAACCACGAACCUUCCGCCGUAAUAACCCUUCAGUGUAUAGCUGCCAUGCCACCCGAAGGAAGCACGAAGCCUGGGAUACUGCUAGGUUGCCUAAACAGAAGUUGAGACGCGGGGGUCGAGUUCGAACCACGGACGUUUCGGUUAGUAAAUUCGAUCUCUAA